UUCCAUGGGCACCAUGCGGCACCGAAGAAAUGGCAAUUUUGAGAGUUCCAGACUCCUCUAUUCCAGCAUGUCUCGCAGCAUAGAUGUGUCCUCCAGUGAUGCUGAUUUGGUCAACUUCAUCCAAGAAAACUUUAAGAAGAGAGAAUGUGUCUUUUUUACAAAAGACACCAAGGCAGCGGGCAACUUAUGUAAAUGUGGGUACCCCGAAAAUCAGCACAUAGAGGGCACUCAGGUUAAUAGCAAUGAGAAAUGGAAUUACAAGAAGCACACUAAGGAACUUCCUACUGAUGCCUUUGGGGACAUUCAGUUUGAAAACAUGGGAAAAAGAGGAAAGUACAUCCGUUUGUCGUGCGACACGGACUCUGAAACCCUCUAUCAUCUCAUGACCCAGCACUGGCACCUGAAAACCCCUAACCUGGUCAUCUCUGUCACCGGGGGGGCGAAGAACUUUGCGCUCAAGCCCCGGAUGCGCAAGAUCUUCAGCAGGCUGAUCUACAUUGCCCAGUCCAAAGGGGCCUGGAUUUUCACAGGAGGCACUCAUUACGGGCUGAUGAAGUACAUUGGAGAAGUGGUGAGAGACAACACCAUCAGUCGGAGCUCGGAGGAGAAUGUGGUGGCUAUUGGCAUAGCAGCCUGGGGCAUGAUUUCCAACAGAGAAACUCUGGUUCGCAGUGGCGAUGAUGAAGGGUACUACUUGGCCCACUACAUAAUGGAUGAUCUCAAGAGAGACCCCCUCUAUUGCCUGGAUAAUAAUCACACCCACCUCUUACUGGUUGAUAACGGCACCCACGGGCACCCCACGAUCGAGGCAAAAGUACGAACUCAGCUAGAAAAGUACAUUUCCGAGCUGGUCAUCCCAGAGUCUAAUUAUGGUGGAAAGAUUCCAAUUGUGUGUUUUGCCCAAGGUGGAGGGAAGGAGACUUUGAAAUCUAUCAACCUGGCCAUCAAGAGUAAGAUUCCCUGUGUUGUGGUGGAAGGCUCCGGGCGGAUCGCUGAUGUCAUUGCUAGCUUGAUGGAGGCAGAAGGCACUCUUGCCUCUUCGUGUGUCAAGGAGAGCUUGCUCAGGUACCUGCCUCGAACCAUUUCCAGGCUCUCGGAAGAGGAGACUGAAAGCUGGAUCAAAUGGAUCAAAGAAGUCCUUGAGAACCCACAUUUACUGACAGUUAUCAAAAUAGAAGAAGCUGGAGAUGAAAUUGUGAGCAAUGCCAUUUCUUUUGCUCUGUACAAAGCUUUCAGCACCAACGAACAUGACAGAGAUAACUGGAAUGGGCAGCUGAAGCUGCUGCUGGAGUGGAACCAGUUGGACCUGGCCAAUGAUGAGAUCUUCACCAAUGACCGAAACUGGGAGUCUUCUGACCUGCAGGACGUCAUGUUCACAGCCCUUGUGAAAGACAGGCCCAAAUUUGUCCGUCUGUUCCUGGAAAACGGGUUGAAUUUGAGGAAAUUCCUUACCACAGAGGUCCUUAGAGAGCUGUACACGAACAACUUCAGCAGCCUGGUGUUCAAGAACCUGCAGAUCGCAAAGAAUUCCUACAACGACGCGCUCCUCACCUUUGUGUGGAAGAUGGUUGAAGACUUCCGAAGAGGCCUCAAAAGAGAUGACAAAAACAGCAAGGAUGAGAUGGAGAUACAUCUUGCGGAUGAGUGUCCUAUCACAAGGCACCCGUUACAAGCUCUGUUUAUUUGGUCAGUUCUUCAGAACAAGAAGGAGUUGUCUAAAGUCAUUUGGGAGCAACUUUUCACCGAGUGCUACAGCAACGAUGAAGACCUAGCUGAGCAGCUGCUGACCUACUCCUGUGAAGCCUGGGGAGGGAGCAAUUGUCUGGAACUGGCCGUGGAAGCUAAAGACCAGCAGUUCAUCGCUCAGCCAGGGGUGCAGAAUUUCCUUUCCAAGCAGUGGUAUGGAGAGAUUUCAAGAGAUACUAAGAACUGGAAGAUUAUACUGUGUCUGUUCUUCUUCCCUUUGAUAGGCUGUGGUUUCAUCUCAUUCAGGAAAAAACCUGUGGAGAAGAGCAAGAAGCUCUUCUUGUAUUACGUGUCUUUCUUCACCUCCCCCUUUGUGGUCUUCUCCUGGAAUGUCAUCUUCUACAUCGCUUUCCUGUUGCUCUUCGCCUACGUGCUGCUGAUGGAUUUCCAGAAGGAACCUACCGUCCUGGAGAUCAUCCUUUACGUGCUGGUCUUCAUUCUACUUUGUGAUGAAGUGAGACAAUGGUACAUGAAUGGCAGUAAGUAUUUCUCAGAUCUGUGGAACGUUAUGGAUACGCUAGCCAUCUUCUACUUCAUAGCAGGGAUUGUCUUCAGGCUUCACUCAUCUGAUGAAAGCUCUUGGUAUUCUGGGAGAGUCAUCUUCUGUUUGGACUACAUAGUUUUUACGCUGAGGCUGAUCCAUAUUUUCACAGUUAGCAGGAAUCUAGGACCCAAAAUUAUUAUGCUGCAGAGGAUGAUGAUAGAUGUCUUCUUCUUCCUCUUCCUCUUCGCUGUGUGGAUGGUGGCCUUUGGUGUGGCCAGGCAAGGCAUCCUGAGAAAGAAUGAGCACCGCUGGGAGUGGAUAUUUCGGUCUGUCAUCUAUGAGCCAUACCUGGCUAUGUUUGGCCAGUACCCUGAUGACGUUGAUGGUACCACCUACAACUUUGACCGCUGCACCUUUUCGGGGAAUGAGUCCAAGCCUUUAUGUGUGGAGCUGGAUGCCAACAACCAACCCCGCUUCCCCGAGUGGAUCACCAUUCCCCUUGUCUGUAUUUACAUGCUCUCAACUAACAUCCUCCUUGUCAACCUGCUGGUGGCCAUGUUUGGUUACACCGUUGGAUCAGUCCAAGAGAACAAUGACCAGGUGUGGAAGUUCCAGCGCUACUUUUUGGUUCAAGAAUACUGCAGUCGCUUGACCAUCCCCUUCCCUUUUGUCAUCUUUGCCUACAUUUUCAUGGUGAUGAGGAAAUGUUUCAAAUGCUGCUGUAAGAAAGAAAGCAAAGAGCCAUCUAUUUGUUGCUCCAAAAAUGAGGACAAUGAAAUUCUGGCAUGGGAAGCUGUCAUGAAGGAAAAUUACCUUGUCAAAAUCAAUACCAAAGCAAAUGAUUCAUCAGAAGAGACAGUGCAUCGAUUUAGACAACUGGAUUCAAAGCUCUCUGAUUUGAAAGGCCUCCUGAAAGAGAUUUCCAGCAAAAUCAAAUGAAUGCAGCUGAAAUGGAAGAGCAGCUACCUGAGCAGGGUACUGAUUCAUCAAGACUAAUUUCUCAGAGCUGGCAGUAACGACCAUGGGAACUGAUGCACCAGUGUCAGUGGCUCUGCUGGACUUUUUAAAUAUUUUUUUUUUUUUUUUGCAAGAUGAUGGUAAAACAUUAAGACGACUGUUUAUCUCCUGGCAGGACUCCCAUGUUACCCCAGCUCUCCUUUCUCCUCGUAUCCUCUGAUGCUCAAUGGCAGCAAUUAGUCCUUGUCAGCUGCUGUUAAAAAGCACUCUUCAUUCCAAGAGUUCUCCUGCUGCUGCCAAAAUCGCUUCGCUUUUCAAUUUCACUCAAAGGGAGCUGUUCAUGGCUUUCCUUUAUCCACUAAUUGCCUUGUCUUAAUGAAUCAGUCUCCCUUCCCAACCCUUCCUGUAGUAGCCAGAUCUGGCUUGUUACUUGCAUAGUCUGUGUCAGACCUGCUGAAGUCUGUCGUGCUGGCAUGCCAAAAUAUAAUAUAUAUAUUUCAGCAUCAUCCCCUGGAAGAAAGACAACAUUGAGUCCAACCCUGCACCCACAUCUCAGACUCUACCUGAGCAGCGUGGACUUCUUUCUGCUCUACCUGGAACUGUGCAGAAGCUCAAGCUAUUGCAACCCUGCAUGGGAGAGACUUAAUUAAUCUAGAAAGUAUUUCCAGAGGCCUCGUGUGCAAUCCUUGCUUGUUUCUUUGGUGAUAAGUGGUAUACUCGGAGCAUUGCAAUUAAUUCAAGUUUUUUUUCAAAGAAGUUUGCAUUUUGAAAUGGAGAAGGGAUUGUUGGCCAGCUUUAAAUAUUGUGAUGCUUGCUCUGGUGAGGUUGCUAUUCCUGCUUUGAGUCUAAAGUGAGAGCUGAACCUUGUGGCAAUUUCUGUGGUCUGGUUGGAUGCAUUACCAACUUAAGGGACACCACUAUAAAAUGGCAUUUAUUUACCUUGCAAAAAGCAUUGUGUCCAUCUUCAUGACAGGACGAGGGGCAAUGGCUUCAAGCUGGAGGGGAACAGAUUUAGACUGGAGAUGAGGAGAGGGUUCUUCACUGUGAGGGUGGUGGAGCACUGGAACAGGUUGCCCAGGGAGGUGGUU